AUGCCCACGACUUCGAGCACCAAGAAGGACCCCACCGAAAACUGGAGUCCGGAGGAGAUGUUCGAGACCACCGUGGACAAGGACGGCAACCCGGUCCCCGACCCCAUCUCGUUUGUGGACGGCGAGAGAAUGGGAAAGGGCACGAAAGGUGGUCGCGAUGAGGGUGACAUGUUCGAGGCUGCCACCGAAGACUUUGACUAG